UGGCACUAUUAGACGUCGUGUGUUCGCAGGUUCGCCGGUGAACGUAUUUGAUCUCCCCCAACGAGAGUGAGUAGUUAGUCGUUGUUCGUGCUGGGGGCGAACAGAACGAUCUUGGCUCUCCAAGAGUAAGGUUGCAACCUACACAGCCACUAUGGGAUUUAAGUUCCUGGAGGUGAUUAAGCCGUUUUGUGGCAUCUUACCGGAAGUCGCAAAACCCGAGCGUAAAAUUCAGUUUCGGGAAAAGGUGUUAUGGACAGCAAUUACUCUAUUCAUCUUUCUGGUGUGUUGCCAGGUACCUCUAUUUGGAAUCAUGUCUUCAGAUUCGGCUGAUCCCUUUUAUUGGAUGCGAGUGAUUCUUGCUUCGAACAGAGGAACUCUCAUGGAACUUGGUAUCUCACCUAUUGUUACAUCGGGUCUUAUUAUGCAGCUGCUUGCCGGAGCAAAAAUUAUUGAGGUCGGCGACACACCUAAGGACCGAGCCUUGUUCAACGGCGCUCAAAAGCUUUUCGGAAUGGUUAUUACGAUUGGGCAGGCUAUCGUGUACGUUAUGACAGGCAUGUAUGGCGACCCGUACGAUAUUGGAGCCGGUGUUUGUUUUCUGAUCAUCGUGCAGCUGUUUGUUGCAGGCCUUAUUGUUCUUCUUCUCGACGAGUUGUUGCAGAAGGGUUACGGCCUUGGCUCUGGUAUUUCAUUAUUCAUCGCCACAAACAUCUGCGAAACAAUUGUAUGGAAAGCGUUUUCACCAUCGACUGUCAAUGCCGGACGUGGUACAGAAUUUGAGGGUGCCAUCAUUGCUUUGUUUCACCUUCUAGCUACACGUACAGACAAAAUUCGAGCUCUUCGCGAAGCUUUCUACCGGCCCAACCUACCAAACCUAAUGAAUCUUCUUGCAACUGUCUUAGUUUUCGCCAUUGUAAUCUAUUUCCAAGGCUUCCGUGUGGAUCUUCCUAUCAAGUCUAAUCGUUACCGGGGACAGUACUCGUCUUACCCGAUAAAGCUAUUUUAUACAUCGAAUAUACCCAUCAUCCUACAGUCUGCGCUGGUUUCCAAUCUAUAUGUUAUAUCGCAAAUGCUCUCUGUGAAGUUUGCCGGCAGCGUCCUAGUGAACCUGCUCGGCGUCUGGUCUGACGCAGGAGCUGGUUACGGCGGGAGAUCGUAUCCAACUGGCGGGUUAUGCUACUACCUCUCGCCUCCGGAGAACCUUGGAGCUAUACUUUCGGAUCCCAUCCAUGCAAUUCUGUACAUUGUCUUUAUGUUGGGGUCGUGCGCGUUCUUCUCCAAGACAUGGAUCGAUGUUUCUGGCUCAUCGGCCAAAGACGUUGCGAAACAGCUCAAAGAGCAACAGAUGAUCAUGAGAGGCCACCGUGAGACGUCAAUGGUGCACGAGCUCAACCGAUACAUUCCCACAGCUGCUGCCUUUGGUGGACUUUGUAUUGGUGCCCUGUCAGUGUUAGCAGAUUUCCUCGGCGCUAUCGGUUCCGGAACCGGAAUCCUUCUCGCCGUAACCAUAAUUUAUCAGUACUUCGAAACAUUUGUUCGUGAACAAGGUGACAUGGGCGGCAUGUCAACAUUGCUAUUUUAGUAAUUUAAUUACCAAAUUUAUAAUGACAAUAUACAAGAUGGAUAUUGAAGACCAGGAUACGAAAGCAAAACAGACUUCACAACAUCACACAGACAGACACACGUAUAUAAAAACAACGCAACUAUAAGAACAGAGUCUAUCGUGAUGAAGCCAUGCUGCACGUUGUUGGAAUUGAGGAACGAGAAGAAAAUUACUGUAUUAUGUUUAAGCUGCUACCCUUAUUCGUUUUACUAUUAUUAUUUAGGCCCGUUUCAGUGAAUGCAAGAAAGAGUGAAACGAGAAAGAGAGUGAGUGAGAGCAUGAAAUAACAUAGACAGAGAGAACGGUGAAGCGAUACGUGAAAACGCAAAGGUAAAGAAAGGAGGAAAUUCAACAAUAACAACAUCAAGAGACCAUGUGCUGCAUAAUUAAUUUGUAAUUUAAUUAUGUGAAAUUAUGUCACUAGGCUCGAAACAAGGUUAUCAAUAAGCAAGAAUAUUAUAAGUACAUUGAAUCGGGGUUCAAUCGGAGCUAUAGAAACGUAGACGCUGUAGUUAAGGCAAGCUACAGUGAGGAAGCCAGACUGGACAACAAGGCUCUAGUUUUUCAAUAACAAAAAAGAUAUGCACGCAUAAUUUUGUUUCCGUUAGGAAUAAAACACAACUCGAUUAGAUAUGCGGGUAAUCUAAUCAGUUUACACUUAGUUACCCUGUCUGCAAAUGUGGACUCCCCUCACGCUGCCCCUCGUGUCUAGAAAUCGAAUCGAAAAUGACGAAAGGGCCUCGGGAGGUACUCGGAGAGAUGUCCUACUGAUAGCGCUCGAGUGUGUCGUGAGUCUGUAGCACUUGUCCUAUUUGAACUGAUAUGCUGAAUGUUUGUCAUUCGAGCGGCUUGACCAUAAGCGGUCUGCCUAUUCGUUCGCUGUGUAUAGAGCUACAACUUUUAUAUGUUAAAAAAAUAAACUGUCAAGUACCAAAAAGUGAAUCACAUUAUUCAUCGAGAGAUGCUUCCUUAUGUAAUAGACUUAACAGAAUGCCAUAGGUUGACACAGAAAUUGCAUUGCUUUUGCAGUGUGCAAAUAAUCCCUUUUACCUAAAUAAAGCGCCAGUAAGCCUCCUAUAGUUUUGGCUACAAUCUGGGUUAAUUCCCAGAAUGUUCAUCUCUCAAAAACAUUGCAUUUGCCUGUUCUUACUUGUGCUCGCAUGAUAAAGGAUUUUGAUAGAACUUCGAAUGUACUUCUAGUAGAUAAUCAUCGUGCAGUAAGCCACACGUUCACAUAUUUUGUAAAGCCAUUCGUAUUUUAUGAUGAAGAGUUUUCAGUAAACAGUGUGCUUUUCGUAAUACCGUAAUUAACAUGUCACUGAGUCCAUCAGCGAAUCUUUUUAGUACGUUUUAAAUGUUUGAUUUCGGGAGCUUUGGUGAAAACUAUUAAAAGAGUUGUCGUAGUUGAAACCGUAAAAUGGCAGAAAUUUAGCGAUGAUUGAGCUGUUUCUUUUUGAGUGUCUUACUCUACUCGGCGGUAAGACGCUUUGAUAUGACCAGAUUCUUAACAAUGUUGCUUCGCCUUGUUUAACUCUAACUAAUUUUAUUAGCUCUCAGGGCCAUGAGUCUUGUACUCAUCACCGGCAAUACCUAACUACACUGCUUGGUUUCAAAAUUUAAAAAGCUAGGAAUUGAAAAUGAUUUCAAGAAUUGUGAAAUGAAAUAUUUUACUUUUUCUCCUGUAAGUACAAACGGUGACAUUUGGUGUCUAUGGCAAUACAUGUAUAUACAUCGCCCCGUCAGUGGAGCUUUAUUACUUGAUUAUACUUGAUUGACCUAGCAUUGUAUUAUAAAGGUUAUAUCACAAAAUACAUUUGCGACUACCAAACUCGGUAUUUUUAAGAGCACAAAUCCACCACUGCAAAGACACUACCCCAUUUUUAUUUAUUAUUUAUGCUAAAUAUAAUUUUUGAGUAGACAAUACAGAACAAUACUAAAUGUGAUACAGAAGUGAGAAAGAAAUUAGGUGAGAUAGUGAAUUACUUGUGAUGUGAGUAGCUGAAACAUUUGAUGCUGAAAUUAUAAGGAUUAUUAAAAACGAGGAUUUGUCUCUCUCUUCAAAAUUCAAAAUUGCACAAGUUGUAUAUGUUCAUAGAAUGAUUGGGUGGAUCAGAAUGAGAUUUUCAACGAUGCAGUUUCAAAUCGAGCCAAACAAUACUGUGUCCAAUUAACACAGAAAAGUGCUUUACUAUUAGGUUGCUAAAAAAGUUGCCGUUGUUGCUUAUUGUAAAAUGUGUUGUUUAGUAACUUUUUGUUCUAUCAGUCUUGUGGCACGCGGCCCAAAGAUGCUAAAUUGCGUAUGGUUUAAUCUCGGCGAAGGGCGAAUCAAGGCAGUUUAUAAAAUAAAAGCAUACCGAAGGAAAAAUUGGAAUGCCGUUUUUUGUCAUGGAAGUGUUCAUCUAUGAAGACCGAAGUGGAGCUAAAAAAGAUACAAACAAAACAAUGAUCUCCACAAGCUUGUGGAGAAGAUUAGUGGCUUUUUUUUGCUAAAACCAUUAGUGCACAAGAAAUUUCAAAGUUUCGAAAGACAUUUGAGAUGUUUCUAAGAACCUAAUAGUAUAUAAAGAAGAGUCCGAAUAGUGCAAGUAAUGCAACUUAUUAAACUGAUAUGAUUUAACUAUAGAGGA